UUCAGAAUGAAAAGUGAAUUACAAAGCGAACGUAGGUGGUCGUUGAUUAGCUAAGUGCACGUGUAGUUUACAUAAAAUAACCUUUUUAUUGAAUUAUGUGUUAUAAUUUAUAGUAAAAGAUCAAAGAACUGAAUUUCGAAUUUUACUGACAAAAAUUUGUGCGGCGUUUAAAUGGUUUGACGCGCAAGCAACACAGAUGCCAGUGCCGGUUUUAUGAUAUUAGGCGCUAUGGAGAUGUCGCACCAGGGCGGCACGGAGGCGGAGAGCUUGUUGCGGGCGGACCGGGGGGCUGUCGUCAUGCCGUCGCAGCGACGUUGGGACGCAAAGGGCGAGGGCGAGAAGGCGCCCUUCCUAAGAAACGAGCCCGUGAAACUGACACCGGCCUGGGAGGGCUCAAACCUGCCCAAUGAUACCCUCAACUUGAAAGGUAUAGCCAUGGACUUGGCGCCACCCAAAGACAAAUGGAACCUCAUCUACCUGACUCUAUUACUGCACGGCCUGGGCACCCUCACCGCGUGGAACAUGUUCAUAACCGCCAAAGACUACUUCGUGAAAUACAAACUUGUGAACACGCCGCAGUAUGCGGACGACUUCAUGACCUACAUUGGCUGGGCGUGCCAAGUGCCGAAUUUGCUUUUCAGUUGGACGAACAUAUUUGUCAAGAUUGGGGGCAAUCUAACAACGCGAAUAGUGUGGUCUCUGUGCAUCGAAGUGUUGAUCUUCGUGGUGACGGUGGUACUCGCUAUGGUGGACAGUUCGCAGUGGACGGACGCCUUCUUCAUACUCACCAUCAUAUCCGUCUUCUUUUUGAAUGGUUUCAAUGCAAUUUUCCAAAACUCCGUUUACGGUUUGGCCGCCCGUCUGCCUCCCCAGUACACCGGCGCGGUGGUGCUUGGCUCAAACAUUUGCGGCACACUGGUGGUGUUUAUCAGUUGGGCCUCGGACGUGUUCACCAGCAGCUACAGGACCUCCGCGAUAUACUACUUCAUAGCUGGAAUGUUAGUGCUGCUCAUAUGUUUCGAUACUUACUUCGCAUUGCCACUGAACAGAUUCUAUCGAUAUCAUGAAACACUACAAGAGCGUACGCUACGUGUCAACCCCGCCUUGGCCGCGACCAAUCAGAACGCAAAUCCAGUACAACAAAAGACACCAUACGGGCUCAUAGUGAGGCAAUCCUUCAUACAGCUGUACAACAUUUUUAUUGUCUUCUUUGUCACUCUUGCUGUCUUUCCUGCGGUGCAUUCAGACAUCCAACCAAUACAGGAAAACUUCCUUGGCACUAACUUUGUCCGUCUGACAUGUUUUCUAACGUUCAACCUAACAGCCAUGAUCGGCAACAUCACUGCUAGUUUCUGGCAGUUUCCCACUCAGAAAUGGUUAUUCAUAUUCACAACACUGCGGAUUGUGUUUAUACCAUUAUUCCUGCUAUGCAACUACCAUCCAUUGAACGUAACGCGUACAAUGCCAAUAUUGGUGAACAAUGAUUGGACGUAUUGGGUAUUGGCUGUUAUAAUGGGCUGGAGCUCUGGCCACGGUAGCUCCUUGGGCAUGAUGUAUGUUAGCGGCACCGUAGCACCGGAGAAUGCGAUGACAGCUGGUAUGAUAGGAGGCGCAACACUCGUCACUGGCAUAGUCGCCGGUAUUACUUUCUCCAAGUUUUGCCCAGCACUAGUCUCACUCAACGCGUGGACCAAUAUAUAGCGUAUGAUAUCGUACGCUGGGACGUUCUGGGAUGUCCUUGUGCGUAUUGGGAAGUGAAUAA